AUGUCAUUGUGUUUGAAAUUACGUUUGAUUACAUCAUCUAGAAAUCGAUUGUUAUCUACUGCACAAUCUUUAUGUUAUCUUAACGUUCAUGGUGGUGAUCUUCUUCUAUUCGAGUGCUCUUCUAAGAAUCCUAUAUGCUGUAUUUCUGGUAGGACUUUUAGUCAGUAUAAAUUUCCUCAACAACAAGAACAGCAGCGUAGUUUACUUCAACAGAUGACUGAGAAAGAUAAACUAGAAGAAAAAGUGAGACAGAUGCAACAACAAAAAGAAGAAUUCAAAAAGAAAUUACGCAUCUUAUUUCUUACAAAUGCACAUAAUUCAAUGUCUCAAGCUGCUUAUUUGAUGUUGACUGAAAUGGGCCACAUCGUUAUGGUUGAGUUAGCUUUGUCAUCAGAACAAAUGGAACAGAUUGCAACUGAAUUGAAACCCGAGUUAAUUAUAUGUCCGUUUCUAACAAAAGUUGUACCUGAAAGUUUGCACACAAAGUUCAAAACAAUGAUUGUUCAUCCGGGUAUUGUUGGUGACCGUGGUAUACAUAGUUUGGAUUGGGCUUUAAUGGAAGGACAAAAAGAAUGGGGUGUUACCGUAAUGGAGGCCGCAACAGAAAUGGAUUCAGGACCAAUCUUCGCAACAGAAAAUUUUCCAUUAGAUACUCUACUUCCAUCUGAAUUAACUAAAUCAAAAGUUUAUCGUAAUCAAGUUGUACCAGCUGCACUAAAAGCAAUUCAGAGAGCAGUCAUAAAUUUUAUUGAACAAAUUGAACCGAUUCCACUUGAUUAUUCAGACCCUUCAAUUAAAGGAACACUUAAACCAACAAUGAAACAGUCUCAAUGUGCUAUAAAUUGGGAAGAAGAUGAUGCACGAACAGUUAUUAGAAAAAUAUCUUCACGUGAUUCAAAUCCAGGUCUUUUAGAUAGUGUACUCUUUGGAGAACGAAUGUAUCUUUAUGGUGCACAUAUUGAAAAUCUCAUUACAAUACCUCCAAAUACACCAUCGAAACAAUUGUUAGGGCAGCGUGAUAGUGCUAUUUUAGUUUCAUGUAACGGAGGGAAAGAAGCUGUUUGGAUAACACAUAUGAAACGUGCAACGAACAAUAGUUUUAAGCUACCAUCGACAAUGCUAUUAGAGAGCGAUCGUUUAGGUACUCUACCUAUUUUAGCUACCAAUUUUACUACUAUACCUACGAAUACAACUUUUAAUGAAGUUUACUAUGAACAAAAAGGAAAUGUUGUCUAUCUACACUUUACUUUUUAUAAUGGUGCAAUGUCAACAGCACAGUGUCAACGUCUCCUACAAGCUCUACAUGAAAUUACUCAAAUCGAUAGUGCUAAAGUAAUUAUUUUGUGUGGCGGAUCCACCUAUUUUAGUAAUGGUAUUCAUCUUAACGUGAUUGAAGCUGCCAAAAAUCAAUACAAUGAAAGUUGGGCAAAUAUAAAUGCAAUGAAUGAUAUUAUAUUGAAGAUUAUGUCAAUAACAAAUAAAUUGACAAUAUCAGCACUUCAAGGUAGUGCUGGUGCAGGUGGUGUUAUGUUGACGCUGGCAGCUGAUUAUAUCUAUGCGACUGCUAAAACAAUUUUGAAUCCACACUAUCGUACAAUGGGUCUAUUUGGAAGUGAAUAUUGGACUUAUAAUCUACCUCGUCGUAUUGGCUAUACAUAUGCACGUGAAAUUACAGAAGCUUGUCAACCAAUAUUACCUAAAAAAGCAAAAGAAAUCCGUUUAAUUAAUGGUGUUUUGACGGAGACAGGUAAUGAAAUGCUGGAAAAAAUUCACGACAUUGCAAAUUUAUUAUUAUCAAGUCAUAAGUAUGAUAAUCUGAUAAAGAACAAACAGAAAAAAUGUGGUACAUUAUUCUACGAUAAAUUGGCUGCAUGUCGAUCAACUGAACUAGCAAAGAUGACAGAAAACUUCCAAUCUGCAGCCUAUCGUACCGCUCGUCAUGCAUUUGUGCAUAAGCUAUCUCCAUUCAUAACUCCAUGGCAUAUAAAGAGACUUGGACGUAACCGAGCUAUUCGUGUUGAUGGUAAUAAAAUUUCUAGUUAUUUUCAAACGAAAAUUGGCCUGGAAAUUAAAUCUUUACACGCUAGUGUGAUUGAAGCUGGAUUACCGCGUCGUCUGCCAGGUCUAGCUUGUCUCCUUGUCGACACAAUUUGUGUUGAAAAAGAUGUUGAUGGUUUACAUUCGUUGCAACUAGCUGACUUAAUCUCAUCUCCAACUUCUUCAUCUUCGUCAACUUCAUUCAUCGCUUGUACUGUCCGUGGUAUUCUUGAAAUUCUACAAUUGUAUGAUGUCAAAUUAUCUGGUAAAGUUGCCUGUAUUGUCGGUGCAUCGAAAACUGUUGGUUUACCAUUAUCAUUGGCUCUAUCAAGUCGCGGUAGUACAGUGACCAUGUGUACGGUACAAACGAAUGAUAUACAAGCAAAAGUAGAAUUCGCUGAUCUUGUGAUAGCUUGUGCUGGUGUUGCACAUGUCGUGAAAGCAGACUGGAUCAAGCCAGGUGCUAUUGUGAUUGAUGCAGGAAUUACAGUAUUAGAAGAUGUUGCUACAGGAAAAAUUAAAAUUCUUGGUGAUGUUGAGCAAACUGAUACUUUUUGGCAACGUGCAAGUCUGGUUACACCUGUACCUGGUGGAGUUGGACCUAUUACUGUAGCUAUGCUCUUACAGAAUACACUCGAUGCAUACAAAGUGCGUGUGACAAAACAAAUUUUAGAAGCUAAAAACCAAUAG